AUGUCUAAUUUAGACCAAGAAGAACAAUUACGGAUUGCAAACGAGAAGAUUACUGUGGCAAAUGAGAAGAUUGUGACUUUGGAAAAUGACAAAGAUGACCAAGGUAAAGUUAUAAAGUAUUUGCAGAAUUUGGCUCAUAAGGUGGUUAGCAAAUUUCCAGAAUUACUAGAUGAAGAUGAAGACGCCACUCAAGAGUAG